CCCUUCCAAUAGAAAUCAAAUCACAAACUCUUCUUCUUCUUCUUCCAGCUUCCUCACAAUGGCAAAGGCAAAUCUAUCCCAUCUCCUCCCUCUCCUCCUCCUCAACAUGUUCCUCUUCCUCUUCCAAACAAUCUCUGCUCAAACAGCAGCAGCUCCAGCACCAGCAGGACCCACCAACAUCACCCAAAUCCUUGAGAAAGCAGGGCAAUUCACAACCUUCAUCAAGAUUCUCAAAGCAACCCAAGUAGCUGACCGCAUCAAUUCUCAGCUCAACAACUCAAACCAAGGCCUCACCAUUUUCGCACCCACAGACAACGCCUUCUCCAGUUUAAAACCAGGGACAUUGAACUCCAUCAACACACAGGACCAAUUGCAGCUUAUUCAGUUCCAUAUUCUUCCUACACUCUACUCAAUGUCACAGUUCGAAACCGCCAGUAACCCGUUGCACACACAGGCUGGGAACAGUGGCGACGGUGAGUACCCUCUGAACGUGACCACCUCAGGGAACCAGGUGAACAUAACAACAGGGGUGGUCGAGACCACCGUGUCCAACACUAUCUACAGUGAUAAGACGCUCGCGGUGUAUCAGGUGGAGAAGGUGCUCCUUCCUCUGGCGCUUUUUGGCCAAGCUCCAACCGCCGCGCCGGCGGAGGCUCCGGCGCCGACCAAGCCGGAGAAAAAUGUCCGGGCUUCUGAUUCUCCAUCUGGGUCGUCGUCGGAUGCAUCAGUUGAUACUUCCAGUGCGGUGGGUGUCAGUGUCACCUACAUUGGUGCAGUUGUUGCUGCCAUUGUUGUUUCUUGUUUGUGGAUGUAAGUUUUAGGAUGGCAUGGCUGUCUCAUUUUUUUCCUAUUUUCUUUUGUUUUUUAAUUUGAUUUUUAUUUUAUUAUUUUUCCCUUCUAUUGGGAGUUUGAACUUUGAAUUGAGUGAUGAUGGAGAUCCCGUGUACUUGUGUUGCUAUUUGCUAUCAGGUUAAAAAAUACAUUUUUGUUUGGAUUCA